AUGGCCGCCGUCCUCCUCGGCCCUCCCGUCAUCCGCGGGGCACGCCCGCCACCACCGCCUGCCACAGCUGCGGAGGCCCCCGCUUCCCACCCGUUCCUCGACCUCCUCGACGCCUGCUUCAACAACGAGGACCCUCCAGCCGGUUCUGAUGCCGCCAACGGCGUCAAGGGGCCUCGCAUGGCGCGGACGGAGAACAACUCGGCCACCUACGCGAGUUCCGGCAACCCCUGCCUCGACCUCUUCUUCCAGGUCGUCCCCGACACGCCGGCGCAGCGCGUGCGCGAGCUCGUCACCAUUGCGUGGGCACACGACCCGCUCACCGCGCUCAAGCUCAUUGCGAACCUCCGCGGCGUGCGCGGCACGGGCAAGUCCGACAGGGAGGGCUUCUACGCCGCCGCGCUCUGGAUGCACGAGCGCCAUCCCAAGACUCUCGCCUGUAACCUUCCCGCGCUCGCCGAAUUCGGCUACCUCAAGGACUUCCCCGAGCUACUCUACCGUCUCAUCCACGGCGCCGACACACGCAAGCUCUACAAGGCCAAGGCGGAAACCCAGAAGAUCGGACGCAAGGUCGCGGAGGUCCGCGCCGCCAGGCUGGCCGGAAAGAAGCGCGCGAGCAGCGAGUCGGGAGCCAUGGUUCCUGCCGCGGCGCCUAUGGAGACAGAGGAGGCGGCCGUGGAGAACAAACCGGAGGCGAUAGAUGCGGCGGCCGCGAAGGAGAUCCCCGUGACGAAGGAUGUGCGGAAGGUGGCCAAGCUCGCCGUGCAAUCGCUGGAGACGUACUACGGCAAUGGCGCCUACCGCUUCCUCUUCGACUGCGUCGCCCAGUUCUUCGCCGACCUCCUCGCCUCCGACGUCGAGCAGCUAGCAUCUGGUGGCAGGAAGACGAAGAUCGGGCUCGCCGCCAAGUGGUGCCCCACGCCAGGCUCGUCGUUCGACCGGACGACGCUGCUCUGCGAGGCCAUCGCGCGCCGCCUCUUCCCGCGCGACUCCAGCCCCGACUACUCUGACCUGUCAGAGGAGUGCUACGCCUACCGAGUGCUCCACCGUCUCCGCCACGAGGUGCUUGUGCCGUUGCGGAAGGUCCUGGAGCUCCCGGAGGUGUACAUGAGCGCCCAGCGGUGGUCCGAGCUGCCCUACACCCGCGUGGCGUCGGUGGCCAUGAGGCGCUACAAGGCCCUGUUCAAGAAGCACGACGAAGCGCGCUUCGACAAGUACCUCGAGGACGUUGAGGCUGGCAAGGCCAAGAUCGCGGCUGGCGCGCUCCUGCCCCACGAGAUCGCCGCUGCUGCGUUUGGUGGCGAGGCCGACGACGUGUCGGAGCUGCAGUGGCGCCGCAUGGUGGAGGACCUCCGCAAGAAGGGGUCUCUAAGCAACUGCAUCGCCGUCUGCGACGUUUCCGGGAGCAUGCACGGCACGCCGAUGGCGGUGUGCGUGGCGCUGGGUCUGCUCAUCUCUGAGCUCAGCGAGAAGCCAUGGGCGGGCAGGGUGAUCACGUUCAGCGAGACUCCCCAGAUCCACAAGAUUGAGGGCAUGACCCUCGUCCAGAAGUUGAGCUUCAUCAAGCGCAUGGACUGGGACAUGAACACCAACUUCCAGGCGGUCUUCGACCGCAUCCUACGCAUGGCAGUGGACGGUCGGCUGCCCAAGGAGAAGAUGAUCAGGACCGUCUUCGUGUUCAGUGACAUGGAGUUCGACGAGGCGUCUGCUAGUCCUUGGGAGACGGACUACCAGGCCAUCUGCCGCAAGUUCAAUGACGCCGGGUACGGCGACGCGGUGCCUCAGAUCGUGUUCUGGAACCUGAGGGACUCAAAGUCGACGCCAGUGACGUCAACGCAGCCCGGAGUCGCGAUGGUGAGCGGCUUCUCCAAGAAAUUGGUCAAGCUUUUCCUGGAGCACGAUGGCGUGGUGAACUCGGAGGCCGUCAUGAAGGCAGCGAUCGCCGGCGAGGAGUACCAGAAGCUUGCUGUGUUUGAUUGA